GUGAGUCGUCGCGAUAACUUAUCAUCAAAUACUUGUCCUGCAUCAUGCGUCAUUACGACGGAAUCAGUUUCGUUACUUGAAGAAUGGACAUUAUGAGACACUGUGGUUGAAUUCAACCACGUUGAAGACUGUCUCGAUUUGACCGCUCCUGUGGAACCCUAUUAAUUAUCGAGAUGAAGCAUUAAUCGUUUUACGAAACUUUGACCUACAGGAUCUCAGUAACCUUCAAAAUUAGACGAUACACUAAAUCGUUUCCGCUUCAGAAUACAAAUAGUCCAGGUAUGUACAGCUUAGGUACAGACACAAGUGAAGUAGGAAUUAAAUCGGCGUUUUACCAAAUCGGACACAGUUACAAAGAGCUUUUUAUUAGGUUUGGAAAUCAAGCGUUAAAUCGGUCUGAAAAAGUUAUUGUUACACGAAAAGAAAUACUAGCUGUCGUGAAAUUCGUACGGAAGUACAGACCGUACCUUCUUGGCAUAAAUUUCAUACUGAGUACUUACUAUGAAGCUCCCCAAUGGCCACAGAAUUUUGGGAGAGAAAACGACGUAUUGGCAAGACUGCAAAACUUUGGUUUCGAGCGUAUCCAUCGACUGGGACGCCAACAUAAAGUUUCAGAUUUCUUAUCACAACAGCCUGUUGUGUCACACUGAGACUGUCCCUAUUUUAGUAUAAUCAACAUUCAUCCCGUCUCUUAAGCAAGACUUGAUAAUACAGUGGGCACAUAUACAAGAAAUAGAUGGUGAGGCACUACUACUGUAUCGAGCUGUCCGCGGCAAUUGACAAAGGCCACCUAACACGGAAAUUAAAGGGAAAAGUCGGAAGACAAAGUGUUUGUGGGUGUUGUGGGACCAGUUAGUAUUGGCGUAAGUUAUCCUGUGUUCAAUCGGUACUACUAAUAGUGCCACAACCUAUCGCUACAGCAGUGUUGGAUAAAGUUCAUGCCAAUAAUUGGCACUCUGGAAAUGACAAGAUGGAUCAGGGAAUUGAAAUAAGAUACUGGUGGCCGCGGGACAUUUAGGGUUUUCUGAAUGGUUUUCAGGUUUGCUGGAACGUGAUAAACGCGGCUGGAAGACAGCGAGUGCUGUUAAUUGAUAUGGAGGUUUGGUCCCUGGGAGUUGAUACAGUCGGACUACUGGGAGAUAUAACAAGAAAGCAUAUACAUAUUGAUUAUGGCAGAUCAUUUCACGAAAUGGUGCGAAGCCAUCCCACUUGGUAGAAUCAAUGCUCGUACGGUAGCAAAAUCAUUGUUUGACAGCUAGAUUACCGUAUGGGGAGCACCCGGGCAACUGCAUUUUGAUCAGUGAUCUAAUUUUAAAAGUAUAUUGAUGUGAGGAUUAUGCUUCAAAAACACUACCCAAACCUUUAUCGAGGCGGAGGUGGUGGCAUGGGAUACCCUACUACACCCUCGUUUGUGAGUAUACUAAAGUAGCAAACAGGAGUCAGCAGGAUAUUCACUACACUGUGGCUGGGAAAAGACAUAUGUCUUCUCAGUGAUACAGCCGUGGCAAGUCAGUGGGAUAAUCUUAUUGUGUUCGAAAUGGUGGUUCCGUUAAGAAGUGAUAUUAUAUACAAUCAUGGCUGGGUCUGAGAGAACCUAGGAAAAACCCAACACAAGCAGAAGACACAUUGUGACCGGAAGAGUUUGGGCACUCCUAUGGAGAUAAGAAAGCUUGGUUUAAGCAGCCAAAUGUUAUUAAUCAACGAGGAGUUGGGCAAAGAAAUAAGUCAACUGGACACUACUGGGUUAAUCGACAGAUAACAGAGAGUACUUAUGACAUCAUUGAAGAGCGAAAAGAAAAAAUAGAGAGCUUACUUGUACAUUCCAACCUAUUGAAGAAGCGAAGUAGUAGUGAGACUUCUAACCCUGUUAAUCUUAUUACUACAAGUGCAAAUGAUGUAUAGGAAGAAAUGAACACGACUUGUUUUUAACUCAAUCGAAAAUUGUACCGUUCGUACACAGUCAUGAUUUAUUUCUUGUUGAACAUUGUGUGAAAUGAGUAAUUCAAUCUUAGCUUCUUCUCUACUCAUUUGGUCCCACAAAUUGUUAACUUUUUUUGUCAUUAUAAUUCUUUAAAAUAGCUGCUAGGUAUUGUGAUUGACUUGAUAUUUAGCACCAUACGUUCCAAACCAUAAUCAUUUUACUACUUAUUGGUUUGUUGCUUCCGAUAUGUAUUCUUAUCAGUUCAAAUACUUUAUUUCGGCUCGUUUUCCCUUCUGCGCUGUUGUAAACUAUGAACUCAAUACAUUCCUGCGUGAAGCUUCAUUUUUUUAUUCUCUCAGUUUUCGACUCACCAUAUUUUCACGAUAGCACUUUGAUUAUCUUGUCCCACUUGUAAACCACACAUAGUUGUUCCAAUUAAUUAAAAAAACAACUCGAAACUUUUGUAAAGAUACAUUUUGGGAAUAAAUUCUAUUCUUGAUGUCCGUUUUAUUGUACAGAUUAACGAUUGUGAUUUAACUGUCGAUAAGAUAGAUGAUAUAUGUCAACUUACUACUUUUUUGCAGCAGAGGUGUGAAGAUUUUGAGCAAAAUAUCGUUCAUAAUAGAAGGAUGAUAGAUUGGCGAGUUUAAGGUAGAAAGGGAAGUAUGUAGCGUAAAAAGCAGUUCGAAAGUAACAAAUCCAGAUAAAAAAUGGCAGUUUAGGAACAAUGGGAUAUUUAAAAUCUAAGGCAAGAUAGAGAAUAAAGCGACAGCACCACGUCCACUGAUUUUAGGCUACAUAGCGCAUCCCAAGAUUGCAGUUAUCUUACAGGUUCUAGGUAGGAUUUUCGAACUUGCUGACAGCUCAAACUGAAAGUCGGUGAUCUCAUUGGUUAAUACCUCUUCUUUACCUCCUAGACUUAAGUGCAUAAACUCGGACUAAAAACAGGCUAUCAGUGUUUCCUCUUUGAAUUGAAACAGUUUCAAGCCACAGACAGAAAAUUUUUCGGUUAUUGAUGGUAAGUAUAUGGGGGGUUUGUCUGUAAUCUUUUUCUGAAAUCAUCACUCAGAUGUCCGACAUUGAGUACUCGCUUUAUUUAUUUGGUUACGGGUCCCUGAAAUAACGUAAUAAUGUUUCAUGAUUGUUAGGUUGGGUGUCAAUUAAUACUUGUAGGCUAUGAUGAACUACCCAUGAUUAACUAAUUGAAUGCCAUGUUAAUUCCAUUUUAGGUCUAUAUGUUUAAAAAUUUUUAUAGUCAAUUGCAAUAACGUGAAGUUUUCCUUAUAGUCCUGCUGUGUUGAGAUUAGUGGUAUGUUCCUCAGAUUUUUAAAAGUCUUCAUUAUUUGGAAGGGACAAAUUAUGCUAAAUGAUCUGUUAAAUUCCUGUGCUUUUUCAAAUGUCCCAAAAAGAUUUUCCUUAAAAACGAUGUCUACUUUGGUGUAUCGUAACAAAAACCCAAGGUUAGAAAACUUUUACGGAAGGCAUAGUUAUAGAAAUCUUGAACUUCUUGGUCUAGCACCGAAAAUGAAAGGUUGGGAAUUUCAAGCUCCACGAAAAGACUUCUGGAAUAAAGUAGUCUUAAAUAGAGAACCUCAUAAUACAACAGGUCUUGUUGUUCAUGCUUCUUCAAAAGUGCUGAUCUCUGCUUCAACUAAAGAAGUUAGCAUCAGAAAACAUUUAUAUAGUUGUAUUGAUGUUUCAGCUGCAGAAAAUGUUGGAAGAGUGUUGGCCUUAAGAUGUCACCAAUGUGGUUUCACGGAGUUAUUUUCAGAAACGAGCGAGAUAUAUAAAGAAAACGAAAGCGUAUGUUCUCUGUCGUUCAUAUUUUAGAUAAAAAUAGACUAGAGCUUUCUACGAGUCCUUGUUGAAUGGUGGUAUACAACUGAAGGAGACACCACCUAUUGAAGAGUUGGAUGCCAUUGGGAUAGAUUAUGACAGUAUGUCAGAUGAAGAAAAACGUGCUAUGUAUCCGAGCCUUAUUGAAACACUUCGUACUACACCCGACUGGGAUAGCAUCCCUUAUCCGUAUUCACUUAGACCUAGAGCAGGUUCAUAUAAACUAAAAAGUCGUUAUCAAGUAAGUUUAAUUUUAUUUUACUAACACUGUAUAUUUUUUCCUCAUUUAUUUUUUUAAAUCGUUGUAAUGCUUAUGUUUUGUUUUGUGUAAAAUUGGCGAAACUCGCCUAAAAAUAUGUGCGUGAGCAGUUUAUUUGUACGAUUGUUAACAUAACAGGAUCCAAAUUCACAUUUGUUUGCCGUUAUCACAUGCAUUAAGUAGGUUUUAUAAUCUUUUCGACUUCGAUAUUAGUACUAUAUUUAAUGACAUGUCUUACUGAUGAUUUUCAUUCCUUUGUUACAGAUUCUUUCAAAAAUCCGUCAAGGUAUGGUAUGGGAUCCAUAUUACUUGAGAAUGGUGCAUCCACAAAACAAAGCUUAUUGGCAGCACGACUAUGAAGAGUUGCAAAAGAAGAAACUUGAGUCUUUGGGAGACUUAAACGAGAGUGAAGAACCAGUUAAAACAAUUGUUCCAUCUAAGUGGCAGUUAAUGUAAAACAGUUCAACUAAUACAACUUAAGUUGUAUACAUACUAUAAUGUACAUAAAAUGAUUUUACUGAUACAAGGUUUUCAUUGUUUUCUCUACACAGACGGGGAUUUAACAUGUCUCAUUCUACAUUAUCGUAUUAUCAUUUUUAAUAUCAUAUUAGCUGCAUGUUGAUUUACAGUAACCCAUAAAAUUACCGAAUUUGAAUUUAAACGACAUUAUCGAAACAGUUACAUCUAUUUUGACCUAGGCUGUCCAAUAGUAUCGGUAGCAUGGAUACACAUGAUGUGACUCAGGGUCGAUUACACAAAAUUUAAAUAAAGAAAUGUAUUCAAAUGUUCAACAAUAUGUUGUUUAUUACUGUUAUAUAAAAUAAACAUUAAUGAAUAACAUGAAAGGUAAUUAAUUAAUUAAAUAUGGGUAAAUACCAUAUACG